GAAUUUAUGGCAAAAAUCUUCAACAGCGUCCCAACCUCACCCCCAAAAUAAAUAAAUAAUUACAAAAAAAUAAUAUUAAAUAGCAAUGGCAUCCACACCCAACCCCACGGUGUGGUGUACAGUAUCACAUAUUUUCUCCUCCAUAAGACAACAUAUGAAAGCAAAAGUGACGCAGGUGAAGUAAACGAGGACAACUAGGUUAGAGAGAGAAAGAGAAAGAGAGAGAGAGAGAGAGAGAGAGGGUCUGACUGUCAAUCAAAUCUCAUACAAACUCUUAUCCCUCUGCUCCAUGUUUCUUUCAUGAUUUCUGGGCCUUCCACUCCCGCCAGCGCCCUACGUAGAUUCGAUUCCUUUCCAAUACUUUCUCGAGAAAAUUCAUUCUUGUUUUCUUGAGGAAACUAAAAAUAAAAAUUGCUUUAUUUUAUUAUAUUUUUCAUUUUUUUUCUCCCACCUUCUUAUCAUUGCUUCGGGGUCUUCCCAACAUGCUCUAUAUUUUCAAGAAAUACUCUGAGACUGACACAAGAAACAAAUGGGUGUCCGCUGGAUUCAAGUUUGAGUAUAGCUUGUUCUUUGUUCAUUUCCAUUUCCUGAUUCUGCUGUUUGCUAAUGCAGGAAAAUUCCUGGUCUUGAUUGAAGUUGAAUGGAAAUGGAAGGUGGUAUAUUUACAGGCUUAGGUAAUGGAUCGCAAGUGGAUGGCAAAGUUUUACAGACAUUCCAGACUAAUUUUGUACAAGUUCAGGACAUUUUGGAUCAGAACAGGUUGCUAAUUAACGAGAUUAACCAGAAUCACGAGUCGAAGAUCCCAGAUAACUUGAGCCGGAAUGUGGGAUUAAUCAGAGAGCUUAACAACAAUAUCAGAAGGGUGGUAGAUCUCUAUGCUGAUCUUUCAAGUUCCUUCACCAAGUCAAUGGAAGCUUCAUCAGAAGGCGAAUCAGGUGGCACUUUGAAAUCGGAUGGAAAAACUAGUCAGAAGAGAGUUAGAUCCGGUUGUAAAAAGAAAGCACAGUUUGCUUCAGGAGACAGAAAGAUAAUCAAGAUUACAGUACAUGGACCCCCCAGUGAUUUUUUUCAUUUAGAUGUGGAACUGCCUCAACUUUGCGUAUCUUUGCUUAUGCUAUUACUUCUUUCUGAUUGAUUCUCUUCCUUCUUCUAAAGUUUCAAUAUUGUAUCUGCUCUUGGACCACUUCCUAUCUAUUUGAUUGGAGGAUUUUUUUUAUUUUUUUA